CAUCCUUGCUCCAACAGAACGUCGCUCUCCUCUCCUUGUUAAACUUCCUUGGUUUCUUUCGGCAAGAAAAUUCCUCUACAAUGGCUGAUAAAAGCAAGAUCUUGAUCAUUGGAGGCACUGGUUACAUAGGAAAAUUCAUCGUGGAGGCAAGCGCCAAGGCCGGUCACCCCACUUUCGCCUUGGUUAGAGAGAGUACAGUCUCUGAUCCUGUCAAACGAGAACUUGUCGAGAAAUUCAAGAACUUAGGCGUCACUUUGAUCCAUGGAGAUAUCGACGGCCAUGACAAUUUGGUGAAGGCAAUCAAGCAGGUGGAUGUGGUGAUAUCAGCGAUUGGGAGCAUGCAAAUAGCAGAUCAAACCAAGAUUAUUGCCGCCAUUAAAGAAGCUGGCAAUGUCAAGAGAUUCUUCCCUUCCGAAUUUGGAAUGGAUGUGGAUCAUGUCAAUGCUGUUGAGCCUGCAAAAAGUGCAUUUGCAAUGAAGGCUCAGAUUCGACGUGCCAUCGAGGCUGCGGGGAUUCCCUACACUUAUGUGCCUUCCAACUUCUUUGCGGCAUAUUAUCUCCCCACAUUGGUACAGUUUGGACUUACUGCUCCUCCGAGAGACAAGAUCACCAUCCUCGGAGAUGGCAAUGCCAAGGUGGUUUUCAAUAAGGAAGAUGACAUUGGAACCUACACCAUCAAAGCUGUGGAUGAUGCAAGAACCUUGAACAAGACUGUCCUUAUCAAGCCUCCUAAAAACACAUACUCAUUCAAUGAGCUUAUUGCUCUAUGGGAGAAAAAGAUUGGCAAAACCCUCGAAAAAACCUUUGUUCCCGAAGAGAAACUUCUGAAGGACAUCCAAGAGUCUCCGAUUCCGAUUAAUGUUGUUCUGUCAAUCAACCACUCAGCCCUUGUUAAAGGUGACAUGACCAACUUUGAGAUUGACCCAUCAUGGGGGUUUGAGGCCUCUGAGCUAUAUCCCGAUGUCAAAUAUACCACUGUGGAAGAGUACCUUGAUCAGUUUGUCUGAGGCACUGGCAUCUUCUGCUAUGCAGUUAUUAAUGAAAUAAACAGCCGAAUGGUUGAAAAUUUGGGUGUUUCUUAUAGACGAGUGUUUGUCCAAGUCAAGGAGGUCUCCUUCCUUAUAAACCUUGUGAAAGAUGUUCUGCUCUAGCUAAUUGCCAUGGUUUGUAGCUAUUGCUGGAAGAGAUGUUCUGGGUGAGAAUAAUUUAAUAGUAUUGUGAUGAAUAUGUUUAAAGUUUUUGCAUUUGUUUUUCUAGCU